UUUAACACCUUGAUUCGAACAGCAGCAUAUGCAUUACAUUUUAUUUUUGCUUAUUGUUGUUAUUUUUUCAGUAAAGAAGACUUUUGUAGCAAAAUGUAUAAAAAUAUUUUGUGAAGAAUUUAUAUAUUAAGUCUGACAACGAAUAAUAAACAUUGCGCUUUUUGCAAAAACAAAAAAAAAAAAAAAAACGUUUGUAGAGAGCAUUUGGGUGCUGCGCUCUGUUCCAAAACAAAUGUGGUGACGUCACGAACGACGACAAUCGUUUGCUCCAUUUUGAACUAUCCGCCAGUCGGUGCACUAACAGAUUCAAAUUCAUUUUAGCUUACACUAAUAACGAAAGGGGAUUCAGAUUCAUCAAUCGGAUAAAACAUUUAGUAGCCAAAUGAAAAAUGUUAAGUGAAAAAUAGAAAAUAAUUGAAAUUGGCAGCAGUUAGAAAAUAUUGCUUUCCUGAGCAUUUGUGGAUAUCAAUUGGUUAAAAUUUAUUUUGUUUAAUGUUUAAAAUGGUCAUAGUCGCGGGUAUGUAAUUUUCUAAACGUUAUUGCUACUAAUUUUUGCAUACUGAGAAAAUCAUUUAGCAUUAUUAUCUGAUCCAAGAUCAUUUCAACAACCCUUUCUAGGACUAUUAAUUAUAUUUGGCAGCUUCAAUUGUAUUUUGCUAGUUAACGAGGUAUAUAAGCGGAAGAGCUGUACAUGCAUUUAAAUACGUACAUAAAUAGAUAUUAUUGAUAUACAUAUGUAUAAAUAGAUAAAUAGCGAAAAGUAUCGAUGAUCUCACGAAUUCCCCAUUCAUCAACGCCCUAUUGAAAUUUUACAUAUUAACACCCAUAUAUACAUACAUAUCGUAGUAAACGGAAAAUUUGUGUUUUUUGCUAUUAUUGAAAAUUAUUAAUCAUUAAUUUUGUUUUCACUCUCAUUGUAGAAGUAACAUUAAUGCUUAUCUAUCCAAAGGUUAAGCCGUCAGAUAAGCUUGUCUUUUCAACAAUUUAUUACAGUUUAUCCUUUUCACAUAUGUACACACGUAUGUACAUAUAUUUUUUAUAAACAUCCCGUCUUUAAAAGAGUCAGAAAAGUCUUUUACUAAUACAGUUUAUAUAUGUGCAUAUAUAAGUACAUAAGUGUGAACAUAUAAUUGCAUUUGCAUAUAUACGUAUGCACUUUAGCGUAAUUGCGUUUCAACUAGCUUCGUGUGGCUAGUAAGGUCAUAGCGAAUUGGAUAAUAUAGAAAAUGAUUAUGCAUAACGAAUGACAAAAAACAGUAAACCGAUAACGUGCACAGAACACUUCGCCAAAACCGAGAAUAUUUUUGACAUUAACAAGAUGGUGCGAACAGAAAUGCAGGAGGUUUUAAGAUGGGCGCAUGAGCACCAGGUCUAUGCAACACUCAGUCCAAUGAUAUGUGGCAUUUGUUUAGCAUUUUUUUCAUAUAUGCUAGUGUAUUUGGAUAGCGACGUGCCAGGCUUAAAUCCUCCUUCACCCUUUUCACCGAUAAAACAAACAUACCUCCGCGAACGACGCAGUGCCUUACAUUUGGGUUAUAUAAUGGCUUUAGCUUCUGGUUUAAUAGUCACUAUAUUUUUGUAUUGUGAUUUCAGUAGUGUAGACUAGUCUGAGUAUUAUUCAUAAAUAGUAACCAUUAAGAAAAUAUGAUUAAUGAAUUUGAAAAAAUAAGUACAAAUUAUUUUAAGUAUUCAGAAAAGUAUUAGUAUACUGUAAUACUACUUUGUAGAUGACUAACCAAAUAUACCUGCUUAUUUUCAUAUAUUUAACA